ACGUGUUAUUAUUUUUAUUUUUAAAUAAUUAUUUUUAUCAAUCGACUAAUUAAAAAAUCAAAAAUGUGUUUCAAAUGGAUGUUUUAAAACUUCUACGAUUAUUUUUUAAUGAUGAUUGGAAAAAUAAAACAUAGUUUCAUAAUCCUGAAUGUCAAGUUGCUUUGAAAGCUCUGGUACAUUUUGAAUUCGCUGAGUAUUUCAAUCACAGUAUUCCUAUUCUUACGUUCGUAUUGUAGAGAUGUAUUUUAAAAUCGCGAAACAUGAUAAGACUUCGUCCGCCGAUUCCCAAAAGAUGUGCAUUUGCUCCAAAAGCUCCUUUCCCCGUCAAUAUUUACGAUCAAGACGAUGAAGACGAACAGCCUCAUUAUAAUGGCACUUUCAACGGUUUGAGUAUAGUGAUCGAAAAACGAGAGAGCAUGGAAGCCUUAUACACGAUGGGAUAUUUUGGUAAAGGAUCUCUUUCUCAAGCGUAUCCAGCCUUCAACCAAAGAAAAAGAAAACGUUUGGAAAAAAUAAUCAAAAUUAAUGGGAAUAAUCAUUCUUCAGGAGUCGAUGAUACGAAAAAUAAACAAACCGACGUUCUAAUUUCGGAAGGCAAUCACGUCGUAGAAUAUCUUCAUUUAAUGCUAGAGGAAGCUUUUUUUCUAUCAUUCGUGCUGGAAUGUCUCACUGUGCAACAUCAAAAUAGUGCUAUGAAAGUGGAAGAAAUGUGGGAGAAAUUUCAACAAGUGCAGCCUUAUUUUGUAGAAAGAUACGUCACUUAUCAUUACUACCGCUCUAGAGGAUGGGUAGUCAAAUCAGCUUUGAAAUUCGGUGGAGAUUUUGUACUUUACAAGCAAGGUCCUCCAUUCUACCAUGGAUCUGCUGUAGUUUUAAUUAUCUCGAACGUUAAUGAGGAUAUGAAGAAUAUUGACUGUGAUACUUUGAAAGCUAUUAAUAGAGGAGUUGAACAAGUCAAAAAAGAGCUAUUGAUCGCUCAAAUUUACAUACCUGAAGACUUGGAUUACAAAGAUGUUGAUCAGAUUAGUCGUUGUACGAUUUCCGAAUAUUUAUAUAAAAGAUCCAUGCCGGCGGGAAUAAGUUAAUAAAUGUUAUUAUUUGU